GCGUGAUGCUGAAGUUUGGUGUAUGAAUGAUCCCAUCCCUCAGGAGUGGAACUGCUGAAUAUAGUGGAAGGACCAGGGACUUAAAGGAUACAGGCAGAAGAGGAGACAUAGACACACAUAGAGGAGAAGAUGAUGUGAAAAGGGAGGCAGAGAUCUCAGUGGUGUGGCUACAAGCCAAGAAAUACCAAAGCCAUCAGAAGCUGGAAGAGAUUUUCUUCCACCUCUGCUAUCUCUGAGACAGCAAGAUCAACCCCUUCUCUUCCUCCUCCUCAGCCUACUCAACAUGAAGACAACAAGGAUGAAGACCUUUAUGAUGAUCCAUUUCCACUUAAUGAAUACCACCAAGAAUGCUGAACAAUCAUCUGAGGACAUCAUUGGGUAUCACUGGCAAAGAGAAGAGAUGAAGAAAAGAUAAGAGAAAGAAAUGAAAGUGGAAGAGGGCAGAAAGAGAGAAACAAAAGUAAGGAGAGUUUUCAGGAGGAGAAAAUAAAGAGAAGACAGAGAAGCAAGUGUCCGGGAAAGGCCAGAUGACAACCUGAAACUCAGCCAAGCUUGCAGCUGUGGUCGCUGGUGAAGUCAACUCCAGCAAAUCGGAGGCAUUAAUAACCUUCCUGAGGUGGUCCUCUCUUUUUCCAAUUCCCACCUUGAUAGAGGGGUAUCUCAAAGUCGGCGAAUCAAAUUGAGAAGAACUGAGAACAGCCAACAACCUUCCACCACAGCACUACAGUUAAGGGAUCCUGUUCCAUCAAGACAGUUAGCCAUCAGCCAAUCAGUUGUCUGCCAACCCAUCAUCUGCCAUCCCACCCUUAGUCAACCAAGCAGGAAUCAACUGGGCAUGAACCAAUCAGGCACGAACCAAUCAAGUUUAUCAGACUCGAGCCAAGCAGGCAUAAACCAGCCAAGCACAAGCUCACUUGGUAUGAACCAAAUGGACAUGAACCAACGGAGUGCAAGCCUAUAUGAAAUGAACCAAGUGGACAUGAAACAACCAAGCAUGAGCCAAGCUGGCAUGAGGCAAUCAGGUACAAACCUACCAGACAUAAACCAACCCGACAUGAAACAACCAGGCACAUGGCAAUUAGGUAGGAGCCAACCAGGCAUGCUGCAACAAGAACUGAGCCAACUAGUCCUGAGCAAAGCAGGCAUAAGCCAACCAGACCCAUCGCAACCAGGCCCAAGCCAAUCAGGCCCUAGCCAAUCAAGCAUGAGGCAAAUAGGCACGAACCAAUCAGGUAUGAGCCAACCAGUGAUGCAGCAACUAGACAGCCAGUCAGGUGGGAGCCAACCAAGCAUGAGACAAGUAGGCACCAGCCAAUCAGGCACAAGCCAAAUAGGCAUGAGCCAACCAGGCACAUGGCAAACAGGCCUGAGCCAACCAGUCCCGAGGCAACCAAACAUGAGUCCACCAGGCAUGUGGCAACCAGGCAUGCGACAACCAGGCAUCAGCCAGCAAGUCCCAAGCCACCCAGACAUGAGUCAACCAGGCAUAUGGCAACCAGGCAUGAGCCAGCAAGUCCCCAGCCAACCAGGCAUAAGGCAACCAGACACUAGCCAAUCAUGUAAGAACCAAACAGACAUGAGCCAACCAGACACAAACCAAUCAAGUUUAUCAGAUUCCAACCAAACAGGUAUAAACCAGCCAAGCCCAAGCUUAGUUGGUAUGAAGCAACUGGACAUGAACCAAUGGAGUGCAAGCCUAUAUGAAAUGAACCAAGUGGACAUGAAACAACCAAGCAUGAGCCAAGAUGGCACGAGGCAAUCAGGUACAAACCUACCAGACAUAAACCAACCUGGCAUGAAACAACCAGGCACAUGGCAAUUAGGUAGGAGCCAACCACGCAUGUGGCCACAAAGCCUGAGCCAACUAGUCCUGAGUGAAGCAGGCAUAAGCCAACCAGGUCCAUCGCAACCAGGCCCAAGCCAAUCAGGCCCCAGACAAUCAAGCACGAGCCAAGCAGGCACAAACCAAUCAGGUAUAAGCCAACCACUGAUGUGGCAACUAGACAUGAGACAGUCAGGUAGGAGCCAACCAAGCAUGAGACAAGUAGGCACCAGCCAAUCAGGCACAAGCCAAAUAGGCAUGAGCCAACCAGGCACAUGGCAAACAGGCCUGAGCCAACCAGUCCCGAGGCAACCAAACAAGAGUCCACCAGGCAUGUGGCAACCAGGCAUGUGGCAAUCAGGCAUGUGGCAACCAGGCAUAAGCCAGCAAGUCCCCAGCCAACUGGGCAUGAGACAACCAGGCACUAGACAAUCAAGUAAGAACCAAACAGGCAUGAGCCAUCCAGGCAGGGGUCAACCAGGCAUAUGGGAACCGGGGCCGAGUCACCCAGGCCUGAGCCAACAAGACCUGAACCAAUUAGUGCUGAGCCAACCAGGCCUGAGUCAACCAGGCAGGAGCCAACCAAGUGUGAUCCAAAUGGGCAUGAGGCAAACAAGCAUGGAUUACUUUCAAAUAAGACGUGCAGAGGCUAGAGACUGCCCAGAAAUUUUGCGACUGAUUAAAGAAUUGGCUGCCUGUGAAAACAUGCUAGAUGCAAUGGAGUUAACAGCAGCUGAUUUACUCAGAGAUGGCUUUGGGGACAAUCCCCUUUUCUACUGCCUGAUUGCAGAAGUAAACGAUCAACAAAAACCAUCAGGCAAACUGACUGUUGGAUUUGCCAUGUACUACUUUACAUAUGACUCACGGACUGGCAAGGUACUUUACCUAGAGGACUUUUAUGUCACACAAGCUUACCAAGGCCUAGGUAUUGGAGCUGAAAUGCUGAAGAGGCUAAGUCAGAUAGCCAUCACAACUCAAUGUAACUGCAUGCGCUUUCUUGUCGUCAUUUGGAACCAAGCUUCUAUCAACUACUAUACUAGUCGAGGGGCUUUAGACCUUUCCUCUGAGGAGGGCUGGCAUCUCUUCAGGUUUAACAGAGAAGAACUCCUGGACAUGGCAUGGGAAGAAUGAAAGAGGCCUUGUAACAACUCAUCCCAACACAGCCUCCAACAUUUGACUGUCACCUGAGUCUAACAGCAGUUUGACUUUGUUGUACAAUACAGCAAGUGAUCAUCA